AAAAUAUAGGUAACCUACGCCGCUGCUGCAGUUUACAGUUGCAAGGAGUUCUAAGCAACUUUUGCAAUUUGUUACGUACUCCUUCUGAACAGUGCAAAUUUUCUGCUGGAAAAGAUGUGCGCUCAGAAAAUAGAAUCCUUCGAUAUAUCAAAAAAACAACAAGCAAUACUACAAUGGAAAUACGCGAAAAGAAUUCAAUUACGUCAAAAAUAUUUAAAAGAAUGUCUCAACCCAUCGAUGCAAGUAAUGCCCGUGGAUAGUGCAGUUCAGCGAUUAAUUUCAUUGAGACAUAACCACGAUUAUGUUUCAAAUAUAAAGCUUAUGCCACAUUUAUUUUUUUCUUUCAUGUUGCUUGGAGGCAUAUAUUGUGGUGCAUUAAUUCUCGAGCAAGUGAAGGGUGCUGAAGAAAAAUUAUAUCGUACUGGUCAAGUAGCAUAUGCUGAUAGAGAAUUUAAGUUUGCGUAAUAACAUUUCUUUUUCUAAUUGUAUAUUUGUAGAUCUUAAACUUACAAUAUAUAUAUCAGUACCUGUACUGUAAUACAAUAAAAUAUAAAAUGAGUACUUCAUAAAUAAACAUAAAA